ACCAUUAGUAAAUUUCUACUGUUUUUUAACAUUUUAUUUGAACUUUUUUCAUUUUUCUUAUUUGAAGGCAAACUGUAUAUAGUGAAGGUUUGAUUCAAAUUGGAGAUUAAAAAGUUGAAUUCAUGAGCUCAUCGCAACCACAUUGCACUUGUGAGUCUUAUUACUCAAUUAUUGAAAAAUAACAACAAAAAAAGCUAAAGAUUCUUAAGCGCAACAUAACAUAAUACAGAAAUAGCAGAUUAUUAUCAUUUUUGUUUUUCUCUCAGGUUCGUAUCUCUACAAGCCCAGCUGGAGGGAUCACGUGACACUCUCACUGAGGGUCACGUGAGGUGUUUUGUUGACGGUUGUUGCCGCUGCGCUUCGCAAGAUGAAUUCACGGGCUUAUCAAGCCGCUGGUGCAAUGUCAUCGCCUCGCUAGAAGGCAGCAAACUGAAGGGGGGGAAUAACCUGGACCGGCGCAGCAGACGUCCGUAGCUUCACUAAUGCUAGCCGAGCCUCGACAGUGUCGGUGAAGGAGGGAGAAGCCCCGCCGCGAUGGUUUUGCUGUCGGUCUGAGAGGAAAAAGGAGGAAUUGUUUUCACCUCCACCAGGAAGAAGGACCACAGCUCGUGAAGUUCACAUGCCGAAACCCGCUUUUGUUUGAGCCACUGUAGAAGGCCGACUGGACUGUGUCUCAUUUAAAAAUGGCUAUUGCACGACAAUUUGGACUACUGGUGUGGAAAAACUAUCUUCAGCAGAAACGUCAAAUCCUGGUGACUCUGGUGGAGAUACUCCUGCCUCUGCUCUUCUCCGGCAUCCUCAUCGUGCUACGUCAGAAGGUGCCUUUUAAGGACUACCCGAAUGCCACGGUCUAUGAGAGCUAUGCUGUUGAUGGACUUCCCAAGAGGUUUCUUCAAAGCUUACAGCUGGCUUAUGUGCCCGGUAACUACAGUGUGGUGCGUCAGGUGGCAGAGGAUGUGCGUGGCAGCCUGUCCCUCUCCUCAGUGCGUGGCUUUGAGUCAGAGGAACACUUUGAGGACUUUGUGAGAAAUGACCCUGCAUCAGGAAAGGUGCUGGCUGCUGUGGUGUUUGAGCACCCUUUCACCCAUGACGAUGAACCGCUACCCAUAAAGGUGAGCUACCACCUUCGUUUCAGCUUCACCCCACGCAACGCCCCCUUCAAAGAAAAGUCUGAGCUGAGCCCGAACAGUGACCUGGACUGGCACACGCUCAGCCUCUUUCCCCUCUUUCAACUGCCGGGGCCGAGGGAGCAGUAUGACAAGGAGGGGGGCACGCCGGGUUAUUUCCGGGAGGGAUUCCUGGCUGUACAGCACGCAGUGGACCGAGCCAUCAUGCGCUCUUACAACAGCACUGCUGCUUCCACUCUGCUCGGACAGACAAGAGUGGUCCUGUCACGCUUCCCCUACCCUCCCUUUAUAUAUGACGUCUUCAUCCUGGCCAUUCAGAACCAACUGCCCUUACUGCUGGUGCUCAGCUUUACCUACACCUCACUCAACAUUGUGCGAGCUGUGGUGCAGGAGAAGGAGAGGAAACUUAAGGAGUACAUGAGGAUGAUGGGUCUCAGCAACUGGCUCCACUGGAGCGCUUGGUUCCUCAUGUUCUUCCUCUUCCUCUCCGUGUCGGUCUUUUUCGUCACGCUGCUCCUCUGUAUUCAGGUGAGCCCUAACGGAGCAGUGCUGACCUACAGUGACCCCACACUGGUCUUUGUGUUCCUGCUCGUCUUCACCGUGGCCACCAUCAACUUCAGCUUCAUGAUCAGUACCUUCUUUUCACGAGCCAAUGUGGCAGCAGCAGCAGGCGGCUUCAUCUAUUUUUUGAGCUACUUGCCUUAUUUGUUCCUGUGGCCACGCUACGACUUACUGAGCCAUGCCCAGAAAGUGUCUGCCUGCCUCAUCUCCAAUGUGGCCAUGGCCAUGGGAUCUCAGCUCAUAGGAAUGUUUGAAGGCAAAGGAACAGGAAUCCAGUGGUCAAACUUAUUUGACUCUGUGACGGUGGAUGAUGACUUCUCCAUGGCCCAGGUGUUGGGCUUGCUGCUGUUUGACUCCAUGCUCUAUGGAUUGGUGGCCUGGUACAUGGAGGCGGUUUUUCCCGGGGAGUACGGCGUGCCUCGACCAUCUUAUUUCUUUGUACUGCCUUCAUACUGGUGCAGCAGUCCACGCAUGGCUUUGGUGAAUGAGAAAGAGGAAGAGGAGGAUGCAGAAAAGGCUCUGAAAGGGGAGUUUAUUGAGGAAGAGCCGGCUGGACUCGUCUCGGGGAUCAAGAUUAAACACCUAGCUAAGGAAUUCAGGGUCAGCAACAAGACACGGCAGGCCGUGCGGGAUCUCACGCUGAACAUGUUCGAGGGACAGAUCACGGUGCUGCUGGGACACAACGGUGCUGGGAAGACCACAACGCUGUCCAUGCUAACAGGGCUGUUUCCCCCCUCCAGUGGCAGGGCUUAUAUCAAUGGGUACGACAUCUGUCAAGACAUGGCUCUGAUCCGCCGCAGCCUGGGACUCUGUCCCCAGCAUGAUGUACUCUUUGAUAACCUUACUGUCAGGGAGCACCUGCUCUUCUAUGCACAGCUGAAAGGCUACUCCAAAGAGAAGAUUCCAGAUGAGGUAGACAGGAUCAUCCGUAUCCUGAACCUUGAGGACAAGCGACAGGCUCGCUCCAAGACCCUCUCUGGUGGCAUGAAGAGAAAACUCUCCAUUGGUAUUGCCCUCAUCGGAGACUCGAAGGUGGUGAUGUUAGAUGAACCCACAUCAGGUAUGGACCCAUCGGCUCGACGUGCCACCUGGGACCUUCUGCAAGGGGAGAAGCGCGGUCGCACCAUCCUGCUCACCACACACUUUAUGGACGAGGCUGACCUGCUUGGUGACCGCAUCGCCAUCAUGGCAGGAGGAGAGCUGCAGUGCUGCGGGUCGCCGCUCUUCCUGAAAAACAAAUAUGGUGCUGGCUACCACAUGGUGAUAGUGAAGGAUGCUCUUUGUAAUGUGUCCGAGAUCACCCGCCUUGUCCACAUGUACGUCCCCAAUGCCACAAUGGAGAGCAGUGCUGGCGCCGAGCUCUCUUACAUCCUGCCCAAAGAAAGCACCAGCAGGUUUGAGCUGCUGUUUGCAGAGCUGGAGAUGAACAGGGAGGAGCUGGGCAUCGCCAGCUACGGAGCUUCAGUAACCACUAUGGAAGAGGUUUUUCUCAGAGUUGGAAAGCUGGUGGAUUCCAGUUUGGACAUCCAGGCAAUCCAGCUGCCAGCCCUGCAGUACCAACAUGAGAGACGCUCCCACGACUGGACCACAGAUGACGCCAGCAGCAUCAGCGGCAUGACCGAUGUUACCGACUUCACAGACAGCGGCACGCUCAUCUCAGAGGACUGCUCCAACAUCAAACUGAACACCGGGGUCAGACUCUACCUGCAGCAGUUCUAUGCCAUGUUUCUGAAGAGGGCGCUGUACAGUUGGAGAAACUGGAAGGUGAUGGUGGCUCAGUUCCUGGUCCCUUUGGUCUUCACAGUUGUGGCCUUAGUUGUGGCACGCACCUUACCCAACCACCAGAACGCCCCUCAGCUGAAGCUGGACCUCAGCCGCUACGGUCCUACCAAAGUCCCUGUUGCUCUGCAGCUGGAGCCGGGGCCCCUGGCUUCUGUCUGGGCGAACACAUACGGCUCAGAGCUCUCUGCCCAGCUUGGCGAGCUCAUCAACAUCACAGAUUUUACGGAUUACAUCCUGACCAAGGCAGAGGAGGAGGGCGGCAGCUUUAAUGAGCGCUGUGUGGUGGGUGCUGCUUUCCGGGGCAGCAGCCGCCAGUAUGCAGAAGCAACAGCCUACUUCAAUAACGAGGGCUAUCAUACACCAGCAACCGCCCUCAUGAUGGUGGACAAUGCUCUGUGGAAACGUCUUGCGGGGCCGAACGCUUCCAUCGAGACGAGCAAUUACCCCAUGCCACGAAACCUGUCUGAGAUGGCCCGGAGUCAGCUCACAGAAGGAAAGACAGGCUUUGCCAUCGCCAUCAACCUGAUGUACGGUAUGGCCUCCCUGUCCAGCACGUUUGCCCUGCUGCUCGUAACUGAGUCCUCUAUCAAGUCCAAGCAUGUGCAGCAGGUCAGCGGUGUCUACCUGUCGAACUUCUGGUUUUCUGCCCUUCUGUGGGACCUGGUCAACUUCCUGCUGCCCUGUCUCCUCAUGCUGGUGGUAUUUCAGGCAUUCGGAGUCAAGGCCUUUGUAGACAAAAACCACUUGAUAGACGUGCUGCUGUUGCUGCUGCUGUACGGCUGGGCUGUGAUUCCUCUCAUGUAUCUGCUCAGCUUCCUCUUCUCCUCUGCCGCUACUGCCUACACACGCCUCACCAUCUUUAACAUGAUCACUGGCACGGCGACCUUUCUGGCUGUCACCAUCAUGACCAUCCCAGAGUUGAAGCUGCAGCAUCUGUCGCACUUACUGGAUAAGGUGUUCCUGAUCUUCCCAAACUAUUGCCUGGGCAUGUCCUUCAGCCAGUUCUACCAGAACUAUGAAUUCAUCUCAUUUUGCCCCUCCAAUCCCAUCAGCCAAGCAGUGUGCAAGUAUUUAAACAUCACGUACCAGACAAACUACUUCUCCAUGUCGGAGCCUGGCGUGGGACGCUUCCUCGUGGCCUUCUCAGUGCAGGGUGUAGUCUUCAUUAUUCUGCUGUUCGUCAUCGAGCUGCAGUGUGUCCGCACUCUCCGCCGACUCCUCGCCUCCCUGGGCAGGAGACGCAAACAGUUACCUCUGAUAGAGGAUGCAGCCCUGACUCCAGAGGACAGGGAUGUGGCUGACGAGAGGAAGAGGGUCCUGGAGUGCCAGCCAGUAGUAGAGUCUAUGGUCGGCAGCCCCCUCAUACUGCAGGAGCUCAGCAAGGUGUACAGCAGCGGGCAGAAUCUUCUGGCUGUGGACAGGCUGUCUCUAGCAGUAGGAAAAGGAGAGUGCUUCGGCCUCUUGGGCUUCAAUGGAGCAGGCAAGACCACAACCUUUAAGAUGCUGACAGGUGACGAGUGCGUUACCUCUGGGGACGCCUAUAUUGACGGAUACAGCAUCUUGAGGGACAUUAAGAAGGUGCAGCAGCGCAUCGGGUACUGCCCUCAGUUUGACGCUGUGUUGGACCACAUGACAGGAAGAGAAACCCUGAGUAUGUAUGCCAGGCUGAGAGGAAUACCAGAGAGGUAUGUGUCUGGCUGCGUGGAGAAUGUCCUGAGGUCGCUGCUGCUGGAGCCUCAUGCUGAUAAACUGGUCCGCAGCUACAGUGGCGGUAACAAGCGGAAGCUGAGUGCAGGGAUCGCUCUGAUCGGUGGGCCUCCGGUCAUAUUCCUGGAUGAGCCCUCGACCGGGAUGGACCCUGUGGCCAGGAGGCUGCUGUGGGACGCUGUUACACGCACACGAGAGUCUGGAAAGGCCAUAAUCAUCACUUCUCAUAGCAUGGAGGAGUGUGAGGCCCUGUGCACCAGGCUGGCAGUGAUGGUCAACGGUCAGUUCAAGUGCCUCGGGAGCCCCCAACACCUGAAGAGCAAGUUCGGCAGCGGCUACACUCUGCUGGCUAAAGUUCACAUAGAGGCCGAGCUGGAGGACAGCGACCUGCAGCUGUUCAAAGACUUCAUCGAAAGUACCUUCCCAGGAAGUCAACUGAAGGACGAGCACCAGGGAAUGGUGCACUACCAUUUGACUGACAAAACACUGACCUGGGCCCAGGUGUUUGGCACUUUGGAGGCGGCCAAAGAGAAAUACCGCAUCGAAGACUACUGUGUGAGCCAGAUAUCACUGGAGCAGGUUUUCCUCAGUUUUGCCCAGUUCCAGCACUGCACAGAGAGGGAGAGGAAGUGAGCGGAGCGAGGAGUCCGUCCGUCCAUCCAUCAUCCACUCCUGCGGCUGCGUUGGACCUGCGUACCUGGACUUGCCUCGGUCACACAGCAGCUGUGCACACAGGCUGGAGCAGAGCGUGGUUAAUCUCCAGCUCCAUUUUUACCUUAACCACCAACAUACACGCACACACACACACACACAAACACAGGGCCAGUCGCAUCCAACUUCAGCAUUUCUACUACUUCAUCGCGUCGGUGCGUCUUUGUCGGAUUGUUCAUGCCGUUGUUAUUGUUGUUGUUCUGAGAUGAUGACACGUGGGGAUGUUGAUCACACCAAGUAAUGAACUCUUGAGUAUUGCACCUUUUUAUUAGCGAGGUCAAAGACAAUGAUACCACUCAUCAGAUACUACCACUACUCUUAAUUGUGUGUGACAGGGUUUAUUUGUGUGUGUGUACUGCUCGUCUUUUUUGUUAUUUAUGAUCUUAUUUUAUUACUUGAUUAUGCCGUGCUUUUUUUUUUGUGUGUGAUCAGAGAAUGAACCACUCCAUUUGAUACGUUUAUGAAAUCGUUGCACACCUUUUGCGCCUUAUCUAACAAAUGAGGGUUCUUUGUUUGUUUAUACCGCCCUAUACAAAAUGCCUGGUUAUCCUUAAGAGCCUCUUAAUGUUGUUGCCAGAUGUAAAUAAUGUGAUGUGUUCUUGGUACUAAAAAAACACAACAACAACAAAAAAAAAACACUUACUCAUUCAGACCAGAGCAGACGAUUACGCUCAUUUAAAAGACUGUUUUGGGCACAUUAACGAAUGCAUGCGUAGAAUACGAUGUACAGAGUGCAUGACGCUGAGAGAGCAGAGAGAUGCUCAAAGAAGAACCGUCCUUGUUGAGGAUUAAUCCUCAGAGAACAUGUAGUCCGGGUACAUUUAGUAUGCCUCCAUUGUUCAGGUCUUGUGGACCAAUGAUUCUGUUUUUGCUGCCAAAUGAGUAACAGUAACAAUAACAGCGUGCUACCAUGUGAAUAUCCAGCCAUUAUAGCUUUGACAGAAGCUUUUUAGAUAGAAAUCAUGAUCGGUGUGUAAUGUGGUAUAAAUGGAAGGUCUUGACUCUUAAGUUUCUGACUGCAUGUGGUUUAUUUGGGCCUAAAACUACAUGAUUGCAAUGACCUCUUGAAGUGUUUUUGUACAUUUGUUUUGUCAUUUUUUUUCCUUCUGUCUUGCAGCUCUGCAUUUUACUCGGUACACGUGUGUGUGUGAGAGUGUUUAUAAAUGUGUGAGUGUGUGUGAGUGUGUGCGAGAGUGUAUGGCAACGCACGAGCCCUGAAUUCAGUUCUGUCUAUAUCAAAAGGAUGGUAUGAUAGUCCUUAAAUGUAAAAAAAAACAAGAGAUUGUUAAUGUGCAGUGGACAAACUCUCUAGAGAUGCUCCUUCAGGGAACGCCGGUGAAUGCGAUAAAAAGACCCAGCAGUGGUUUGGAUGGUUAAACACAAGUCCUCUGCAUACAAACCGAUGCCUUUUUGAGGAAGAAUGAUCAGCGCAAUGUUUGUUCCUCUGUCACUAGGAUGUGCUACUAAGAGCCUCAUUUCAGAGCAUGCCCAAUCAAUCACAUUCCCCCGAGCCAGAGAACUUGUCAAAAACAUUUGUUUAUUCUGUAGGAAUAUGUUGAAUAACAUCAUGCAGUUUCCAAAAUAAAGGGGGGGGGGGUGUAAAGAUUCCCACACAUAUUGAUCAGAAAUGUAUUCUCAGUUUUCCUGCUUUUUAACCACGGUGGAGAUCAAUAUUAUAAUCCAGGGUGAAGUGGCCGAGCAAAUGACAUUCCUGCUGUCGAAAGAAUCACUCCCGGCUUCACAGGAGUGAGAUGAAUGUAUUUACUGUCUUACAUGAAAAGCGAAAAAGCACUCAGUAAUCAGCUUUGUUAACGACUACAUGUGAUUUACGGCACUUUCUUCAUGUCACCAGAUAUGUGUGAGGGCAAAAAAAAAGAAAAAAGAAAAAAAAAAGUAUAGAGAUUGACAUUCCAGAAAGACACGGACUUGUGGCUUAUUGAUCUUAAUUUUGAUUUUUUUUGUUACAUUUGUUUGUGUAAUUGCACAAUUUUUGUCUCAUUACUUGUAUGACUUGAAUCAACUGCAAUGUUAGAUACGUCGUUUGAGGAACGGUGAAAAGGUUUGUGCUGCUGAUAAUUGAAGGUUUUGAGUUGUGCUGAAAUACAGUGUACUGCAUAUUUAAAAAAAAAAAAAGGGAAUUUACAUCAUUGUGAUUGUGUACUGUACUGUACCAACUGACCUUGUCAAAUGUAUAUGUAUCGCUAUUCUUUUUAAAUUAAAUAAUGCUCUAUGCAAAUGGAGUCGAAUGACA